AAUUACCUCUAUUUUGCACUUCCUCCAUAUAGACAUAACCAAAAUGACUUCCCUCCGCACCAAACUCCGCCAACUGCCCACACACUCAGGCCCCUUCCCCUUCGCCCCACCAACCCCCACUACACUCCCCGCAACCCCGACAGCCGCAUUCCGCUCCUGGCUCUCCGACGCAAUCGCCCACGAAAUAAUCGAGCCGCACGCAAUGACCCUAUCAACCGUCGACAACAACAGCACGGGGCAAGGGCAACCCGACGCCCGCGUCCUGAUCCUCAAGGACCUCGACGAAGCGCGCGGCUGGCAGUUCGCGAUCCGCGGCGACGGCCCGAAGGCCACGCAGCUGGACGGGAACCCGAACGUCGCGCUCACCUUUUACUGGGCGGAACUCGGGCGUCAGGUGCGGAUUCGCGGGCUUGCCGUGCGGCUUUCAGCUGAGGAGGAGGAGGCGGAUUGGGAGCAGAGGCCGAGGGCAUCGAAGGUUGCGGCAGCGGCUAGUAGGCAAAGCCAGGUGUUGGGGAGUCUGGAGGAGUUGAGGGGGAGUGUUGAGAGGUUUACUACUACUACUACUAGUACUACUUCUGCUGAAGAUACUCCUAGGCCUUCGUGGAGGGUUUAUGCCGUUUCGCCUGAUGUGGUAGAGUUUUGGCAGAGGUCUGCGGAUCGGUUGCAUCAGAGGGUGAGGUUUCGGAGGGAUGAUGGGAACGGUGAGGGGGAAGAAGGGUGGGUUAAGGAACUGCUUUGGCCUUAA